UAACAGGCGUACAACGAAACGAUUUAUCUAAAAAACGAAUUGAUAUGUCUUAACAUUUGUCUACACGUAUACGUUACAUACCUACGAACAGUAAAAUCUUUAAAGAUAACAGUGGGAAUAUAAUGUACAAAAGAAUCCGCAGAUAAGCUCAGCAAAUCUGAUAAAUGAUAUUUACCGACACUUUAAUUUAAAAGAGUGCCAAUUUUCUUUUUAAUUUUUGAAAUACUCCGACAGUCAGCGCAAAUUUUAAUUGGAGUGUUCACUUUCGCCAUGAAUGCGUACAUCUUUAAGUUCCACUUGGCAGUUUUCAUUAUAAAUUGUUUUUUGUCCGGAAGAAAUGGUCAUGUGCUCGAUGAAACUCCAGUAAUAGAUGGCCACAACGACUUGCCAUACAAUCUCUACGCUCUACUGCGAAAUAAUUUGUCAGGAUUUAAUUUUUCGGCAGACCUAACUUCCGACCCUGUUUGGGGAUCAUGUUCAUCCUGUUUUACCGAUAUACCUAGACUAAGAAAAGGGAAAGUAGGCGCUCAGUUCUGGGUAGCAUACGUAGGUUGUUCAACUCAAUACAAAGAUGCUCUAGGAAAAACGCUAGAACAGAUUGAUGUUAUAAAGAGAUUGGUGAAAGCAUAUCCCAAUGAUCUACUAUUGGCUACAACAGCAGACGAUAUUGUACAAGCGUUUAAUCAAAGCAAAAUUGCAAGUCUCAUUGGAGUAGAGGGAGGACAUUCAAUGGACUCUCGUUUGGGAGUUUUGAGACUUUUUUACGAAUUAGGUGUCCGCUACAUGACCCUCACACAUUCCUGCAACACACCAUGGGCUGACAAUUCCUACGUCGAUGAUGCAGCUCCUGUGCUCAAUUUAACCGAAUAUGGAAAGACAGUUGUUCGUGAAAUGAAUAGAUUGGGAAUGAUGGUAGAUUUGUCCCAUGUUUCCCAUGCGGUUAUGAAUCAAGCAAUUAUGGCUAGUAGAGCUCCAGUUAUUUUCUCCCAUUCAUCAUCGUAUUCGAUAUGUCAACAUAACAGAAAUGUUCACGAUGAUACGUUGCAGCUUUUGAGAAACAACAAUGGAAUUAUAAUGGUUAACUUUUAUAGUGGAUUUGUCAACAACAAUGCGACAGCAGCAGAAUUAGAUGACAUAGUGAGACAUAUCAAUUAUAUUGUGGAUCAAAUAGGCGUCGAAUAUGUCGGAAUUGGUGCUGAUUACGACGGAGUUGAUUCCAUGCCUAGAGGCUUGGAAGAUGUAUCAAAAUAUCCCGUUUUGUUUGAUCGACUUCAACAACUAAACUCAACCAGAUGGACCAAUGAAACCUUACAAUUACUAGCUGGUAGAAACUUUCUGAGGGUGUUCUACGAAGUAGAAAGGGUAAGGGAUAAUUUAGCAAACGAAGAGCCUUAUCAAGAAUGGAUUUCGUACGAAGAUUUAGAUGCAGUAGACAAUGUUUCGGUUUGGAACUGUAGAACACUCCUCAAUAAUACAAGUCCAUCGCUUCCUAGUGCACAGGCUUCAAUCGCUAAACGUUCAUUCAAUGGUGUUGUAAUAUUUACAGUUAUUGUCAUGUAUAUGUUUCUGACAUAUAGCAUUUUAGCUUAGAAAUCAGUCUAAAGGAAAAUUACUAUGUAUGUUAUAGUCAAAUCUCGAAGCUCCGGCACUCCUAGGUUUGACUAGUCAAUCCUCAGGUGUGACUUAAAGCCCAAAUAAAUGACUAUUUUUGACCUUUGACUAAAGAAUUUUCGUUAAACCCAGGAGAAACUAAUUUGGUCGGGAAACCGUAGAAAUUGAAUUUCAUUAAAUCGGGGUUUGACCAACCAAACUUCAAUUAGAUAUUAGAAUGUCUUAGUUUGUUGGAUUAGGCAUAAUAAAACGAAAUGGAAAGACGUUUUCUUUAUAGCUGCUUUAACUGAUUCUAUCUCACAGAUAAUCUGCCCAUACGUUUGUUUAUUUCUAAUAUGAAAUCAACACUUAUGUUUAUUCAGAUUAGUAAUUUUCUCUUUAAACUUCAUUUUAUCCGCGAUUUCAGUAACAACACUAUUUGAUUCGCAAGCUCAAUGUCCAAACAUGAAAUGACAAAAUAAUUUAUCGGAACACCGCAAGACACGUAUAAACCUGUUUAAAAAAACCGAGUCUAGGAUCAACUUGGCAAAGUCCUAAACAGAUUAUUUUACUUUCGACGUUUGAAGUUAGGAACUUCUAGGUUUAACUAAAAAUACUUCAGUCAAAUGCUCAAAUUCGAAUUUAUUCCGAGGUUUGCCUCAAAGCUUUGGUCAAAUCUAGCAUAAACCAGUCAUUUUGGGAAGAGACUGCAUAUCGACCUUUGAUUAUAACAUAUAUUAUUAUUAAAAUUAUAAUAAACGAAUAUAAUGAAUA